AUGGAUUGCUUCGACACCGCAGCUUUGGCUCAAUUCACAAAAGGCCAGUUUGGUGAAUCUGUUGCUGGCCCCGCGCCCGAGCGCAAGGGAAGCAUGGUGUCUGAGAGUACCAGUGAACUUGCGGCUGAUAUAGCGGAGUUGAAGGACAUGCUUCAGCGGGCGCAAAGGCCGGCUGUUCGCGAAGAGCUGCAGCGGGUGCUGACGAAGCUCGAGGCUGAGCAGCUCAAGGCAAAGAGCUCGGAGGCGGCUCCAGCGGCGACAAGCGACAAGGUCGCGCCAGCGACGGUGCAGGCCACAGCACCAGCCGUGGAUGUGCGGCCAGUGGGGCCGUGGACAGAGAUCACCACCUUCGCUCUGGACCUAGGUGGCUACAACAAGCCGGAUGUCAGCAUCGACUUGAGGCUGAAAGGAGUGGAGGAGCUUCCUGCAGAGAGCCUCACGUGCGAUUUCAAGGAGGAUGCCUUCGACCUGAAGAUCAUGGGUUUGGAUGGAAAGAACCACCGGUUUGUCCGGACGAACCUUGAGAAAGACAUCGUGCCUGCGGAGUCCAGCUUCAGAGUGAAGAAGAACCACGUCAUCAUCACCCUCCGCAAGGCGCCACAUCCUAGGUCCCGGUGA